AUGAAGCUUUUAACAGAGGAAGAGGUUAAUGCACACCAUUACCAUACGCUAGCAGGCGGUAUAAAGGGUGCCCUCGCAGGGUUGGCGAUAACCGGUGUGAUCUUUAAAGUUUUGCCCAGGAGAUUCCCUAAAUUCCAACCUUCCAAGAUGACAGCUUCUAUUCGAACGGCGCUAUUCAUCUCACCACCAACGUUGUUGGCUACCAUUGUGGCAGAGGAGGCUUCGACGAGCUUUGAUAGGCAAAUGUAUGCUUCCUCUACCUCUGCGGAAGCCCUUGAGGAGUAUCGAAGAUGGCAGAACCUACCUUUAAAUCAGAUGGUUCUUGAAUCGCUAAUGACCCACAGGUACAAGAUAAUCGUGACGGCUUGGGCUACAUCGUUAUAUGGGGCCUGGAAAUACGUUAACAAGGAUCCCAUAAUGACUGCUGCUCAGAAGGCCGUGCAAGCUAGAAUGUACGCGCAAGCUUUGACUGUGAUGCUAUUGUUGGGUUCUGUUGGUUUGUCUAUGUAUGAUGCCAAGCUUCAUCCGGAUGCACGACAGUUGGAAAGGGCACGUCGCUGGGAGAAGGCAUUGGAACGUGCUGAGGAACAGGAGAUGCAAGCGGCAGCGGGGAAAAGAAGUAAUGAGGAUAGAAUCAAGGGUAAAAUAUUUAGGUAUGAUUAA